AUGUAUGCAGUCACCUUGUGUCUUCGUCUCCACGACCGUCUCGACUGCCUCCAAGCUUUAAAGCCAACAAAGCCUGCCAGGCACAAGGAAAAGCCCCUGUCCAGAGCGCAGCAAAACAUCAGUACCCAUGUUGAGAAGAACAGACGGGUAGUCAGGCCAGAACAGCUUGCCCAGAUCACACCCUCUCAAGGGACGGCCAGCCCCUUGCCAGUGGUCGCUGGGCUUUUACAGCAAGAUAAGCUCAGAAACGCCACCAUCUCACAGCCAUCGCCAAUGGAUUCUUCCCACCUGGUGCAGCUCAGUAAACAGCUGCGACAGCUUGUCCCCGCUGAUAGGGCCAGCAAGAGCCAAGACCAAGCCACGAUGGUUCUUUGGCGCGAGCGGCUGAGAGAUACUCGCCCUGGAAGCAAGAAAGCAUUCACCAGACCAGCAGAUCGGAUGUAUUUGUGUUCAGUAGCGCCCGGGGGUCCAGGCCUUAUCUUGAUUGUCGUAGAAGAGUUCGUGGUUUGGUGGCGUAUGGCUGCACAAAAGUGUAAAAGCGGCUGGGAGCUUGGCCCCGUUGCGCACGAUUGGCAUGUUGGCAAGACAGCCAGCCACAUCUCCACCCCCCACCACCGCACGGAGGACGGGACUGUCAAGAUCACAUCCCCGCCCUUGAGUCAAGUAGGUGUACGUGGUUCUUGA